AUGUUAUUGGAUCCCAAACGGAACUAUAUUUUGGACUUGGUGCACUUUUCCGAAAAUGACCCACUGCUGAAAGCCUCUGCAUAUGUCUCAUUGGUUUGUGGAUGUGCCCAACUGUUGGUCGGGUUCCUUGGGCUGUGUGGUGCAGUGAAUAGAAGUCGAUUUUUGUUGCUCAUGUUCGUGAUGUUCCUGAUCUGCACUUUUCUGGCUGAUGUUGCAAUGGGAACACUGUCGCUAUUCUACAAAGACAAGUUCUCUAACAACUAUAUGGAAGUGUACUUGAAAAACCUAACCGCCAAUCGUUAUUCUCGUGAUCGUUGGGUGAUGCCAUUGAUGGAUACCAUCCAGUUUUAUAUUUACUCUCUUAAAGAGAAUGUGCGAGAGAUUGUGAAAUCCAAAUAUGGCGUGGAGACUGAUGAGCCAGAGAACAGAAUUCUCACUCAGUUCAUUGACAAACUUCAGUUCUAUCACCAAUGUUGCGGAGGAGAAGGGCCACUAGACUACAAAGACUCAUUUUGGUACAUCACAAACACUCUCCGAGGAACCCGAUCAUUCGUCCCUCCAAGUUGCUGCAAGCAAGCACAGGCCGGAAGAGCAUGGGCUCCGGUUCCCAUUGACCCGAUGUGCAUAACAUAUCGUUACCUAUCAUCACCAUAUACAACAUCUGUGAACACUGUUGGAUGCAGCGAUCGACUUAUGUCAUGGUUUAAUGAGCAGAUUUGGAUUUUUGUUGGCUUUGGUUUUGGAUCAGCACUGACUAUGAUGCUUGGAAUCAGUCUUUCAUGUUGCCUAAUCUCUCGCAUUCACAUCUACCAUGUCAUUCCAGAAGAUUAUUAG